GCACAAACAUAGCAACAAUUGUGAGGAUGGUGCAGGACCAGGCAGUGUUUCAUUCUGUUGUACAUAGGGUUGCUAUGAGUCAGAACCAACUCGACGGCACCUAACAACCUCACACUUGAGCAUUAGUCCUAUACUGUCAGCCUUUACUUCAUAUGUUAAUCUUGCCAGAAACUAGAUUAUUAACAUCUGAAGGUCAGUGAUAGUAUGGUGUAUGUUUGUGCUGCAACCCCUAUGAUACUGAGUAAAUAUGUAGGUGGUGCAUACUGAGUAACUUGGAUAAUUCUGUAAGAGCUGAAGAGCAGAGUUAUUUGAAUCAGUCAUCUGUACCUUUCUUAUCUUUGGAGAGUACAUUUGGUCAGAAAUCAAGUUUUUCAUAUACUUCACAUAUGAAUGAAUUGUUUUAAGUAAAAUAAUUUUUGGAACAUUGAAAUUAUAUGAGCCAGCAUCCUGGGAAGUAUUUUUAAAUGGUAUCAGAAUUUAUUUUAACUUGGACUAACUGGAAAAAAAGACCCCAAAAAACACAGUCUGAGAAAGCAGCAAAGGGUGUCUGGCCAGUGAAGGUUAGGAUCAUUCCCACAAAUGGGAAUAACCUUUUCUGUACAUUAAAUUCCAGGAUUUAAAUAAUAAGUUAAAUCUCUUGGCUCCUGCUGACCUGGUAAGAAUCUGACCUAGUAGAGUUUCAUGUCUUUCCGUUUCCCAUGGCUAAGGGGAUCCUUGGUGUAAGUGACUGAGAUUAUGGGGAAGUUCCUUGACUGAGAUAGAAUCCCUCAAGCCUUACUUCAAGUACCAGCCUGUGUGUUUCUGUUUUUUGUCUGGAGCUUGUGAACAGAAUUGGGCUCUCGCUAAUGGCCCCCUUUCAGCAGCCAUGUAUGGAUAAAGCUGUUCAGUUCCCUGCUCCUCCCUCUCUGAGCAAGGAGCAGAAUCUGUUCUGCUGAAGCUGCUGUUCCACUUUUCAGCUUUCUAUAUUUGUACAGCAACAGCAGGAGCAGCCCACUUGCUAGGCCGUAUGGCUGCCCCGUGCACCCAUACUGGCUUGGGCCUGCUCAGGACUCAGCCAGGGCUUGCAGUUUGUGUUCUUAACGUGCAUCCAUCUGUCUGUCUGUGUACAUUUCUGUGGAGGACUGAGGUUUUCGAGUGAAAGAGGUGACCUGUUUGUCUUCUUUUGUCUUUAGUAUUGUCAAUUAUAAAUUGUAGAGAAUGUCUCAGAAUUUUGGGCGUUGGAUCGGGAGGUAAGGGUCGGGAGGUAAGAUUUGUAUUAUGUAACAAAAUCUGUUUCAGAGGAAGGAUACCAGACUGGUAAAUGUAAGGUCAGAAGUGGCCUGUGGUUUCUGUUAGAAACAUAUCUCAUUGAAGUAGUAGUGGGUUCCCCCCUCCACCCUUGUUUUCAAUAGGUCAGCUCUUAGAGGUGGAACCGAAAUCCUUUCCUGCCAUAAAGUUUGUGUAGAAAAGGAUGAGACAUUAUUUCCACAUCGUUUUGGAACAGGGUGCAGUAGGGGUUAAGCCUGUUGACUUGGCUGGCUGCUGGGAAAGGAACUGUGGGGGAUGCCCUGCUGCUUUGGGCUGGGUUUGCACCGCUUCAGAGUGCUUUGUAAAGUUUGGCCUUAUAGAGGCCUUGUAAUGUCUUUUGGUGUCAUGUCUAUUUAAGGAAUAGUAGGAGACAUGACAUGUAGACAGAUUUCAGGCUAUUUCCAAAGGGUAUUGGAUUUGUUACAGUAUUUUAAAAGGAUACUUUAGUUAGAGAAAUGAAUUCCACAUUCUUGAUCAACUGAAGUCUAAAUUCAAGUUUCUUUGUUUUACAGUUUCCUUUUGUCUUCCUCCCCCACACCCCCAUGAGUCAUAAGCUUGCAGAGUUGGGAAUAGAACUUGUCAGCUGAGUGGGAAUGAGACAGUUCUGUGCACAUUUUGGUAACUGUGGCUGAUGAGGAAAGAGCAAAGGACUUUAAAUGCUAGAGAAACACCUUUACUGUGGCAGCUUCUUUGACCUGUGACUGUGGUGUGUGGAUGGAGUUCUGUGUGACCAUUCACUGAUGGAUUCUGGCUCUGAAUCACUUAGGAGUCUGUUCUGCGGCUUGUCCAUUGUUGGCUUUGGAUGUAUGUGUUUGUUCAGGGCCUAGUACCUGGUGCUGAAUCUCUCAUGGGCCCUGCAUACUUAAUGAAUUCCUAAAAUUUUGUUUAGCAUGGCAUUAAAUCCAUCUUCACCUUCCCUUUCUUGACAACUCUUAGUGCCCAUCUCAUUUUGCCUUUCUACUAACGUUUUCCAUUUACACUAUGAAUUAUUGUUAACCUCUCUAGGGACUGUCUUCGGAGAUUAAAAUCAGAGACCGCUCUUUGAUUUUAUAGCUGAACCCCAGUAAAUGACACUGUGCUAACCAACACAUCUGUAUCCCAGCUUUCCCUUUGUUUUUGAUUUUUUUUGUAAUUCAUAAUUUUCCCAGUCUCAUUAUAUUGGUUUAUAUUUUUUCCACUGUAUACAUUUUGAAAGCUGCCCAAAUCCUUUUUGAUAUGAUAGGGGAAUAAAUAAAUGUUUAUAAAUAAAUAAGUGCUCUUAAAACCGAACAAAUAGUUCAGUAUUCUAUAAUGAAGAUUGCAAUUAUAGUGGACACUAACAGACCCAGUGGGAGACAGAAGAUCUGUCAGUUGGUUAGUGCCUUCUUACCUACUCCCUUCCCUCUCCCUUUCCAAUUUCUGUGUAAUCUUAGGCACCCCAUUUUAAAGAGAUUUAGUCAUCUUGUCAAAUAAUUAAACUUUUUGGGAUUCAUCCUCUUUCACCAUAGGCACGUGGAAUAAUAAUGCUAGCAAACAUUUAUUGAGCACUUUCUGUGUGCCAGGCACUGUUCUUAAUGUUUUAUGUAUAUAAAUUCUUUAAUCCUAACACGCAUCCUAUAAAAUGGAUACUGUUACUAUAAUCAUUUUACAGAUGAGGAAAUAGUGAUAUAAAGAUGUUAAACAAUUUGCCUAAAGUUAACUGGCUAGUAAGUUGACAAAGCUGGGGUUAGAAAGCAGUGGCAUGACUCCAGAGUCUGGGUGUGGAGAAUAAGACUUGCAGUAAAUAUUUGUCUUGAUUUUAUUAACACACUCGAAAUAUUAUUUGGGAUUAUUGAGGUACGGAUCUAUCUAACCUUGUUUCAUUUUAGAAUUUCCUUAUGAAAAUGACUAUGACUUUGGUUUUGCAGGUCGCCAAAAACUAUACUAAUUUUUAUUUAUUGACAGUAAAGAGCUGCAAGCCAAACAGCAAGUUUGUGGAACAUCCCCAGCAUUACUAGUUUAUCUCACUAGUAGGAGUCCCUGGGUGGCGCAAAUGGUUAAGCGCUUGACUACUGACCAAAGGUUGGCUUCAGACCCACCCAGAGGAACCUCAGAAGAAAACCCUGCUGCUUCCAAAAGUUCACAGCCUUGAAAACCCUAUGGAGCAGUUAUACUGUGCACAUGUGGGGUCACAAUGAAUCAGCAUUGCCUUGACGGCAGUGGGAUUUUUUUGUUUGUUUUGUUUUUAACCAGACUCUACUGAAGAUACUGAAAGCAGAAUUAAGUUUUCCUUUUUUAUCUCUUGUUCCCUGCUCCACACAUCUUCUGGAGAUGCCCUCACAGGGGGAGCAUGGGAAGGGAGGACUGGCAAGUAUUGCCUAAUCGAUAACCUCUGUAAUCUGUAGAAGUGUAACAGGAGAAUAAAUCUGUUAUUGAAAGCUGAGUAAUUUCAGUGGAGGGUGGCAAAAUGCUAUUCUGUCAUGAACAGUGUGAUCAAAUAGCACAAAAGGCAAGGAAAGAAAGAACCAGCUCUCCUGAGAUUUUUAAUCUCAAAUUUAUGGUAACAUUUUCCCUUGGUGUCCUAGGUUCUUUGUUUCUAGUGUAAGAAACAAGACUAUAAACUCCUUGAGGACAGGGAUUGGGCCUUUCUUUUUUCUGGUAUCUUUUUAGUUCAGGGUGUAGAAUGGAUGUUCUCUGCAUGCUUUUUGAUUGAUAGAUCUCUUAUUUUAUAAAGAGCUUGUUUUUGUAAAAAUGAAAUCAAAGGAUUGACAAGUUUAAUUCUGUGGAACAGUGGGAUUUUCUUUUAGGAGUGAUUAGAAGGAGGUGACAGAGAUCAUAUAAAUGGAUAUUUAAAUGCGAGAAGCAUUUUUAGGAGCACAAUUGGAGAAUGAUGAAAACAUGAUAAUUGAAGUCAUUUAAAAAAAGAGAGGUAUUUGGAACUUGUCCUAGGACUGCACAUCUUUUGGGAUGAAUCAAGUUAUGCUGGACGUACUCCCUAAUUGGCUGAAGCAAAGGUGUAAUUUUUGUACUUUAUGGCAUAUAACCUGUCUCAGGAAGCAUCUCCACAGAAGGAAGAACAUUAUUCGCUUCUCAUUUUGUAGAAUUAUGAAAUUAAAAAUGAAAGAGAUUGAAUAAAGUUUCCUGCUUUUCAACAGAAUAGGACAAACCUCCUGAGACAAGACCAUAUGGAAGCAUCCUGCUUGAGUGCCCAUGUGUUUGGGGUGAGGUUGGGGCAGAUGGUGCAGGUGGGACUUUUGGCUGCUUGAUCAAGGGUUUUGGAGAUUAUAGCGGUUAGAUGCUAAGUUCUGUGGAAGGGUUUUGUAUGUUGUAUGUAUUGAGUAUGUCUGCCUAAGAGGUUUAGUGUUCUCAGCGACAGGAUAUUGAUGUGUCAUAUUGAAGUAUGGGUAAGAUAAGGGAAGAGAAGGAGAUACUGAUUUAGAAUGAUAAAGCCUGCAAUUUGAUCUAAACCUAUCUUUGAGAUUAGGGAGAGGGUGCAAGAUACAGUGUGAGAAACAAGAUUUCAGGUCCGUGGUCUCUUCUGUUCUCUAGAGCCUUCAAGUAAGAUAUUGCAGGACUGUAGGAUUUUUCUGUUUAAGCUUGAAGCUGUUUGAUUCCAUUUUGAGAUACUAGGCCAAAAGCUGUAUUUAUAGAACUUGUUUUGACAUAUUAUCUCACCCUGUUCCUUGCCUUCGUUACUGGAAUCCGGUUAAUGUUGCACUCUGCCUGGCAGCAAAGGUUGAUUGAAGAAAACGUACACAUAGGUAUACAGCUGAAGGAUUGAAAAUAGCCCCAAACUUUGUAAAUAGGUCAUCCAUACAGUUUCAGUUCAGGUUGCAUGAACAUCAGUUGAGUUGCUGGGAGAAUUUCAAAAGGUGUAAUUACCAGGUGCAUGUGAUAUACUUUGCUGGUUCAUCUGGGCAAUGACUGUUCCCACAUAAAAGUUUUAAGCAAAGAAGGAAAAAAAAAUACUUGUUUUGAAAGAGAAGCAUGAGUUAGGAUUUUUCUUUACUUGGUGCUUCAUAGUUUCAAGUCUUCUUUAAAACAUUUUCUAUAGAGUAGGUAACAUCCAUCAGCACCAAAGGCCAUAAAUGAAAAGUAGUUUUCCUUCCUACCUGUAUCCCCCAAUUUCCUACCUCAGCAACUACUAUUAGCACUGUUUUCUUUAUCCUGGCAGAGAUAUUCUGUUCACAGAUAAGCCAUAUGUAGUUCCUUUAUUAUGUAAAUCUAUCCUCCUGAUCAGUCCUUAGUAGUACAUUCAGGGCUGCCUUGUUCUCUUUAAUAGCUACAGAGUGUUCAGUUGUAGGGCUGUAUUAGAAUUUUUUUAACUAGCCCUCAGUUGAUGGGCACAUACGUUUCUAGUUUUUACUCUUGUGAACAAUGGUCUUAUGAAUGCCUGUCUGCAUACUUGGUGUACAUGAGGUACAAGUUUAUUUGUAAGCUGUAUUUCUAGAAUUGGAAUUGCUGGAUUCAAAGGGCAUGUGCAGUUUUCACUAUUGAUAAGAUCCUUAAGAGCCCUUUUUAUAUGUUGCAGUUACCCACUGAAGAAUAUUGUUAGUGGAGAGAGAUCUUGACAGUACACUGGCAGUCAAACUUACGUCACCCCAGACAGUUACUAGAAUGAACAGAUGACCUGAAAUACCCAAAAGAUUUAAGAAACCACUUGAGAUAAGCUUAAUUAUCAAAUCUGGUAAUGAUUAUUGCUGGAGAAGAGGCAAGUUGUCUAGAGUAGACAGGAGCAGCCCUUCCUCAUUUUGGGGAGAAUGGGAUUUGGUGAUGGUAGCCAAAUUUCUACUUUACUCAAAAUGUUAAUUUCACCAUUUAUGAUAUCUGUGAAUUGGAAAAAAACAUUUGUGGGCUGUGGCCCAUGCAGUCCUUUUCUCUUGAAGCUACUUUGGUGAGUAUCACGAGACCAUCUAGUACCAGAAUUAGCCUGUAAAUUCCAGGCAGUUGUUUUACCUAGAGUUUACUCAUCAUUUCAGAAAAUAAAAGCAAAGUAACAUUUUGAGUUUUCCAGAAAAAAACAUUUUACAAAUUUUGGCAUACUUUACCAAAUGGAGGCCCAUGACUCAAAUUCUGAGUCCAAAUCUCAGUUGCUGGUUGUGGAACACAGGUCACUUAAUCAAUUCUCUUCACUUUAUUUAGUUCCCUUAUCUGAAAAAAUGAGGGUGGAAAUGCUGAAGAAUCUCCUUUGAAUAUUCAGAAAAAUAAAGUCAUUUCCAGAAGGUUGUGUAUUAUAGAAAUGACUCUUCAGAGACAUCAAGAUUGUAAGAGAUCCCCGACUAACAUGCAGUCUGAGUCUGGCCUUUCAAGAGUUGAAGUAAAAACCUGUAAAAACCAUUCACACAACAGCAGCAUUUCUCAAACGGUAGUCCAUGGAAAACUUUGGGAAAAAUGGUCCCUGGCCUUUUAUUGGCCCUUCAUAUCUUCCAGAACAAAACUAAGUGAAGACAUAGUACAGAGAGGAAAGUUAAAAGCUGCAGGUUGACCAUAACUUCUCUUUCACAGUUGCGUGUGUUAUGAACUGAACUUGGAUGAAAUCUUUGAGCUCAAAGAAAAUGAACGGCACCCUGGACCACCCCGACCAACCAGAUCUUGAUGCUAUCAAGAUGUUUGUUGGCCAGGUUCCGAGGACCUGGUCUGAGAAAGACUUGAGGGAACUCUUUGAACAGUAUGGUGCUGUCUAUGAAAUCAACGUCCUAAGGGAUAGGAGCCAAAACCCUCCUCAGAGCAAAGGGUGCUGUUUUGUUACAUUUUACACCCGUAAAGCUGCAUUAGAAGCGCAGAACGCUCUUCACAACAUGAAGGUCCUCCCAGGGAUGCAUCAUCCUAUACAAAUGAAACCUGCUGACAGUGAGAAGAACAAUGCAGUGGAAGACAGGAAGCUGUUUAUUGGUAUGAUUUCCAAGAAGUGCACUGAAAAUGACAUCCGAGUCAUGUUCUCUUCAUUUGGACAGAUUGAAGAGUGCCGGAUAUUGCGGGGACCUGAUGGCCUGAGCCGAGGUUGUGCGUUUGUGACUUUUACAACAAGAGCCAUGGCACAGACAGCUAUCAAGGCAAUGCACCAAGCACAGACCAUGGAGGGUUGCUCAUCCCCCAUGGUGGUGAAAUUUGCGGAUACACAGAAGGACAAAGAACAGAAGAGGAUGGCGCAGCAGCUCCAGCAGCAGAUGCAGCAAAUCAGUGCAGCAUCUGUGUGGGGAAACCUUGCUGGUCUAAAUACUCUUGGACCCCAGUAUUUAGCACUUUAUUUGCAGCUCCUUCAGCAGACUGCCUCCUCUGGGAACCUCAACACCCUGAGCAGCCUCCACCCGAUGGGAGGGUUAAAUGCAAUGCAGUUACAGAAUUUGGCUGCACUAGCCGCUGCAGCAAGCGCUGCUCAGAACACACCAAGUGGUACCAAUGCUCUCACUACAUCCAGCAGUCCCCUCAGUGUACUCACCAGUUCAGCAGGGUCCUCACCUAGCUCCAGCAGCAGCAACUCUGUCAACCCAAUAGCCUCCCUUGGAGCCCUGCAGACAUUAGCUGGAGCAACGGCUGGCCUCAAUGUCAGCUCUCUGGCAGGGAUGGCUGCUUUAAAUGGCGGCCUGGGCAGCAGCGGCCUUUCCAAUGGCACCGGGAGCACAAUGGAGGCCCUCACUCAGGCCUACUCGGGGAUCCAGCAGUAUGCUGCCGCAGCGCUCCCCACCCUAUACAACCAGAAUCUGUUGACACAGCAGAGUAUUGGUGCUGCUGGAAGCCAGAAGGAAGGUCCAGAGGGUGCCAACCUGUUCAUCUACCACCUGCCCCAGGAGUUUGGAGAUCAGGACCUGCUGCAGAUGUUUAUGCCCUUUGGGAAUGUCGUGUCUGCCAAAGUUUUUAUUGACAAGCAGACAAACCUGAGCAAGUGUUUUGGUUUUGUAAGUUAUGACAAUCCUGUUUCGGCUCAAGCUGCCAUCCAGUCCAUGAACGGCUUUCAGAUUGGCAUGAAGCGGCUUAAAGUGCAGCUCAAACGUUCGAAGAAUGACAGCAAGCCCUACUGAGCGUGCUCCCCUCUGAGACUGGAGUGAGAGGGUCUUCUGGCACAGCUUGCCCUGAAGACUCGGCUACUGCCUUCUGUGGGAGUUUCGCUUCGUACAGAGGACGAGUUUGUGCUUUGGUUUCCAGUGUUUUACUUUGGAGUUUAGGUGCCAUAUCCUAAGUUUUUUUUGUUUUUGUUUUUUUUUUCCCUUCUUUUAUUUAAAGUUUGCUGUGUUUUGUAACCAGUGUGUGUUGAGAAGGACCAACACCAAACUGCCCCGGGAGAGGGGGAAUGGGGAAACAUUUAAAAAGAAGAUCAGAACUUGCCCCAGGUUGCUACCCCAAGAGAGAGGACUAAGUGGAACAAAAAUCUGACUCGCAGAAUCUCCCUGAGCAUGAGGGUGGGUGAAAUGAGAACUGACAUCCAAGAGCUGUGGGGGCGCGGAACAGGGCAAGGCAAGUUGGCUUUGAGAAGUGUGGGAAUAGCUGACUGACACCAAUCUGGGCCUUUGGAGCUGGAGGCUGAAACUCCCCCAUAGCUGCCUUCUGUGGAAAUACUGAGUUUUUGCCACCUGUUUUUUAGAUUCUUGUCCUGCAUUUCUGCCUCUCUUUCCCAAGAAGGGGCUAGCAGUUCUCUGGGAAUAAAGCACCUGUAAGUUCGCCUGACAUAUGCAAAAAGCAGUGAGACCUCACCCAUUACCAGCUUUCCCAGCCAGCCAGUGAUACUGGAUUGGCCCUGCCUGGCCAGUGGCUUCUUGGAAGAAGCAGCCUGUCAAAGAGGUCAUUUUUUGGUCCUUUUAUUUCAACACCAAGUUGUAGAGCAUGGCCCGUUUCUAACAAGUCCCUUUAAGGAAGGCCCCUAGGGAAGACACUGCCUGGUUUCUUUCCUUGCAGUUCACCCCCCAGCAAGGAGCGUUGCUUCCCUCUCAAGCCACCAUUUUUUCAUGAGGGCAAAUCCAAGAAGGGCUCACACUGUCUAACUGAAGGAGGCACCUCUCCUGGACAGAGUGAUCAGAAGCCAUCUAGUUGGGGGAGAAGGAGCCUGCUUCUGGGUGUACUGAAUCAGAAAGCCCCUUCAAGCCAGGGUCCCGCAUUCCUAGUGGCCAGCACUUAGUAUUAAAGAGGAUUAAGAAACCUACACUUGUCUCCUUGGUUGGGAUGUUGGCCAAGAUGUCGCAUCACCAUAGAGACCUGGCAGGCCCUCUCCUAACCACUUCAGCUCUCGGGGACAGAGGGAGACAAUAGGACGUUUACAGCCUCUGUGUGGAUUUAGUGUUCAUUUACCUCAGUAUUACCAUGUUCAUUUUUGUCCUUGUGCUUACAGUUAGCUCCCUACUGCCUCCCACAGGUCUCGUUCUUGCUCUAGCCUGUGACCCACACAGCCUCUGGGCUCAGCCUCUGCUCCAAGAAAUGCCAUGGGGGUGGAGAGCCAGGAAGGACAUGUUGGGAUUGUAUAGCUGGGCAGAGAUAGCCGUGUUAGCAUAUGACUAUUAGCCAAGGCCAGGGACUGGGUCCCUGGAACCUGAAACCUCACAAACAUCAGUCGUAACCCUAGCAGCAAAGAUAAGAAUAAAAGGGUUGGUUCACUAUUGAGUCAGAUGGGGGCCAUCUCCUUGUCAUGCUGUCCAUUUGGGUAACAGACAGGGAUUGACCAUCUUGCUGUUGUGCAGGUAGUUGGUGAUGUUGGAUUUUUUUCCCCCAUUGAAGCUGGGACAGCUGUUCCCUUCUCAUGGUGAUAACUUGGGUCUGUUGUCCUCUAAGAAACGUGAAACAUAUACUUCUUAAACUGAACCACGUAAACUUGAAUUCUGCACACUGGGAGAAAUGUGUCCUGUGUUUCAAAUGAUAAAACUGUUCCAAAGGCUUCCAGGGGCAUGAUGGGAUUUUUUAAAUAAAUGCAAAAAAUAAAAAUAAAAAAGAAAAAACAAAAAAAGAAAAAAAUGCUAGGUUGGGGAGGCGCUGUUCUGAAUCCCAACCGGCUGGAACCAAGAAUGUUGUUUCUAUUUUUAUAGAAGUUUUAUACAGCUCCGGGGUGGAGAAUAUUUAUUACCUAAAUUAUAUCUCUGGAAAAGGCCAGGAUUUUGUAGAAUCCAGAAUGUGAUUGUUGUACACACAGGGUGCUGUGUAUGAUUGAAACUACUGACUUUCUGUGGCCCGUUUGCAGCCCAGCUAAUCCGCCAGAGGGGGAAGGAGUUAAUGCUGUGAAUUGGCGGAGGAGAGAGCUGUGCUCCACAGGGUGCUGCCCAUGCUGUGAUUGCUAACCUUCUGUUCUCUCUCCCUCCUUGGCCAUUGUGUGGUUAUCCAAAGCCCAGAGAGCCCUGCUUCCUUCCGCUUUCACCCCCUCCCCCGUCUCACCAUUAUUUGUCCAUGGGUUUGUGCUGAGUUCUGGGCCCUAUGAAAGCCCUUUUCCAAUGACAAAAGGCGAAGGUACAAUCAACCCGCUUUUGAUACCAGACUUGACGUUUUGUACCUGCUUGUGGGUUCUCUUUUCUAAAAGGAGCAUGUGCCACAGCAGGGUUCUGGGCUGCUAAAGCAGCCAGCUGGUGAGACCAGGCACUUCUCUGUCCUCCCCUGUCCCUGCCGGUGAGUUCGCACGGCAGCAGCACUGUCCUUGAGCACAGUUCUCUCCCCAGGCCAAAGAUGGUUUUGUGAAGAAGCUGCUCCCCUCCAAGUCUCACAGUGUGAAAGGGCUCAGCUCAGAGAGUGGAGACUCGCAGUCAAGUCUUAGCAGUCCUUUUCUGUUGUGUGGGGUUUUCACGUACAAUGUAUUGUCUGCUGUAGUUUUGUUUCUUCCUUGGGUUACAUCAUGAAAUUGAUUUGUCCUGAAUGCAGCCAGACCACUGUCUCCUGGGUUCCACAAGAGUGGCCAGGGCCUGCAGGGAAGCUAAGAGCUUGGAUUUCUGGGAACAAAGCCAUCCACAUAGAGCUGAGGAGAAAUCCUGGCCCUCUCCCUUGGGGAAUUCUCCCACCCCAGUCAGCAUCUUCUGCUUCCAGCCUGGGACUUGACCAGGGAGUGGGGGAGAGGCUGGGGGGCUGUUGGGGCGCUUCAAGGGGAAAUCCAAGCCUUAGGUUCCAUUCUGUCUCUGGCAGUUGGAUGUCUUCUUGGUGUCCUCCAUGUCCUUUUUGACUUUUCCCUGUGUCCAUUGUUAGCAUGUGCAAAAGUUCCCUGUCAUUACCAGUGCCCCACCCCCGCCUCCUCAUUUCAGGGCUGUACACACAGUGAGUGUUCCUGUUCUCUCUCUCUUUGUUUGGAUGUAUUGCUCUGUGUAACUCAGUGGGUCUCCCUCUUUCUGGUUUGUUUUUUUUUCUAGAUUCCUGCCGUUUGUUCAUCGUUGUGCCUAAAGCAUGUCGAUGUGGCGUCAAGUACAUCGUCCAAAUCCCUGUCUCUUCAGCUUCUCUGAUGCUUGAACUCUCACCUUUGACCUUGUGUUGACCUUUGAUGCUGACGUGUAUUUUUAUUAUGUUUGUUUCUUUCUUUGUUUUUUCUUUCCUUUUUUUUUUUUUCUUUUGUGCUGCCAAAUUGGUUUUGCUAGAACGACUGCUGAAGGGGAAAUAUUUAAACUUGCAUUUGAAUAUAAAAAAAUCUAUUUUUCUAGAACUUCAUAAGAUAACCACUUGAUUUUGUGAUUCCAAUUCUUUGUAACUGUCUUCAGAGCAGCCCUACUAGCACAUACCGCGUGGUGUUUGUAUUUCUGUGAACAUACAGCCAGUCCGUUUCUAGGCUUUGUUUCUCUGUGUGCUUAGUUUUAAAGACAACUUUGAAGUAAACAAUGAAAUAAAAGAUGUCACUAAAACCUUUGAGGCUCCUGAGCACAUUUUGCUAAUAUAGUUUGUGGGGCUUGAGGAGACCGCAUGUGUUCUUAUUUUUGUUCUUCCAAGUUCUCAACUGCAGAAAACACCUGAACUCCCUUUCCUUUUUGACCGCAGGCUGCAGUCUCGGCCCCAGUCAGCCCUUUUCCUUUUUCUUUUGUGGUUCUUCCCAGUGGGGAGCCUUUGGACCCCCCUUGCCCCAUCCCUUUGCUCCUGCCCGCAUCCCUCUCCAUGCUUGUUCCUACAGUCUCCACAGCAAAAUGUGAUGCUUUGAUUUUUUUGGUUUUGUUUUUGUUCUGAGUUUUUUCCUUUCCUACUAAGAUUAUGCCCAGAAAAAACAAGUUUUGCAUGUUUCCUGCUGUUUCUUCACACCUUCGUAUAUAUCACCUUCACCUCUCUGUUUUCUAUAGUUUGUGCAAAAACUGACCGAUUUAAAAGGGUUUCAAAGAAGCUGUUUUAAAACUGUUGUGGGGUUGAUUUUUUUUUUUUUUUUCCUAAGAUUGUAUUGUUUUAUUUUGAAGUGGCAACUUUCUCCUCUAUUGCCCUUAGAGUGUUUGCCUGUGCACUUAGACUGUCACUUCGUGGGGCCUCCAGGAGGCUGGCUGCUCUGCUCAGAGAGGGCUGGGAAGGAGCACAGGAUGGCAUGAUGAAUAGAGAUAGGAACCCAGAAGGUGGCUGCGGGUGGGCAAAAGGCUUAGCACGUUAGAGCUAUGAGCACCCCUUAGCCCAGAAGAAGGAGUGCUUAGUAACCACUUAUAGGAGGCCACCUGAGCGCUAAGAGGCAGUACACCUGCUGACGCUUUUCCUGGGAGACAAGCACAAUACUACAGUCUUCACACUGUUUACAGCCCUGGGCACCAGCCGCCCCCCAACACUGGCUCUUCACCACAGCUCUGCUCUGGCUAAGCUACCGGGGUGGGUUGAGGGCAGGGAUUUGGUUUUUAAUUGGGUAAAGAGCCAAAUAGCUACUGUCCCUGGGUGCCAGGCAAGUCAGUUCCUUGGUUACCUGAAGGGAACUUGCCCACCUCUCUUGUGGCACCACCCAGCCUCAAGGUCUUAGGGGGGCAGGGGGGAGAGGCCAGAGGAAAUGAGAGGUCACGGGUGGAUCUAUGGAGGUGAGAGGCUGAGAGGGAGGAGUUUAUGAUGGAUCCCACUCAGACCUAAGUUGUUGGUGGUGGGAGAGCUAGGGAGUAGGAUGCCCUGAUUGUCCAGGGAAGGGUGGAGAGGUGUAGCGGAGGGGGUGGGUGGGGAAGGUAGAAUCACUGUUUAGCAUCAUCCAUGCUGGGGUUGGUGAAGGAUAGGAUCCCAGCAGAAUUUCUGCUGUGGGACCCAGCAGGUUGCCUGGGAUUAUGCUUGAGGCCACUCUUACUUGGAGGGAAGGGCAGCCACAUGGGGAUCCAGGGUAUGGUAGGCUGCUCAGUUUCCUGGAAGGGGUGAUUGGAUGGAAAGAGGCCAGAACCCCCAGCCUGAGUGAGACUGCCAUGCGCCCCACAGUCUGACUGCACAGAGCCGCCUCUGUUGGCCUAAGGUGCAGAGGCUCCCCUUCCUGUGUAUUGAGAAUCCAUGUUUGCCAAUAGAUUCUGCUUUCAAUUCCAAGAGGAGCUCUGGGAAAACCUGUGGAUAAAACCAAAUGCCAAACGUUGGACACUGUUCCUUUUCCUUUUCUCUCUGAUUGUUUUAAUUGUUCUGUGGUGGUUUUAAUGGAUUUGAGACCCUGGAGCGGCAGCUGCCUUUCUGAUUUCCAGCUGCUUUUUGUGAAUAAUUUAAAAAGAAAAAAACAAAAAAACAAAAAAAAAAAGAAACUUUACAUUUUGAAGACAAACCUGUGUGAGUUUUUUAUUGGUACAAACGUUGUAUUUAACACUAGGGGUUUUGUACAGUUUUUUGCCUUUUCUACUAGAAAACAAUGUAAAGUGAUUUCACAAUGUGAAGAGAAAAAAAAUUGCCACUAUGACCAAACGCACAGUCUGUUCUGCAGCAGCAACGGGAUUCAAUCAACUCAAAGUCGUGAUUCAGCCGUAGAAAUGCUUUUCCUUUACCUUGUUUGAGCUUUUCCUUUCUUUCCUGUUUUGAUUUGCAAAAGAAAAUGUCUUUUUGUGUGAACUUGUGUUGUACUCUGUAGAAAAUUAUGGAUUUUACUUUAAUGGUUUAAAAAAACAAAAGGCAAGAAGAGCCCUUUGAUGCUUUUCUGACUUGAUCACAGAGUUUGUGUAGUGGAUUAAAAAAAAAAAGUUACAAGUUUGGAGCAAGGGAGUAUGUGUUUAAAAGGAAUCUCCUUCCUUUUUGUGUGUUUUUCCUUUUGUCCCAAUGGGGAACCUAAAUCUGUUUUAAUUGCACAGACACACGGACAAAAAGUCAUUUUGUAUCUGCCAAGUGUGGUACCUUCCUUUGUUUAUUUGCUAUUAAACUGUUUGAGAAGAACUGA